CCACGAGCCCACCUUGAUAUUCUGAUGUCCUCCACUUCUUUUCUCCCUCUCUCUCUCCCUCUCUCUCUUUCUUUGUUUCUCGUGCAACGUAACUGCCUAUUUUUGAUCUUUUGUUUACUCCUUGAAGACUGAACUGAGAAGAAGGGGAGGAAGAAGGAAGAGUUUUUUUAUUAAUAGCUUUUUCCAAGAUUUCUAGUUUUUCUAGUAGCAUAAAGCUUCUGGAACUUUGGGUCAUCGAUUUCAUCCUCAUUAACGCAGUAAAAAUCGAGUCUUUGUUUAAUCUUGGGAGUUCAAGAACCAGACGGCUCUGUUUCGUGGCUGGUUGGUGAUGAGAGAGGGUGGGGUUACUCUGUUCUUGCUCAAUGGUGCGGGAAAUUCGUGCUGCUAGUGGUGGUGUUAGUUGGGGUUUGGUGGUGCCGCCGGGCGUGGCUCCGACGGCCGCUGGUGGCGGUGCUGACAAAGAUGAGCAAUGGAGGAGUUUUGACAACUCUGUCAAUGCGGUGUCGUUUGGGUUUGUUGCCACUGCUAUUCUCAUUUCUAUGUUCCUUGUCAUGGCCAUUUUUGAGAGGCUUCUCCGCCCUAGAUCAUCCACCGCCGGCGCCGGCGCCGGCAACCCCUCCAAUCUCGAGGCUCACAUCAGGGUCCAAAGAAAACUUGAUUAUCCAUCCCCAGAAAUGACUGUCUAUGCUCGAGGAGUGUCGGUGUUAAUGCCCGGGGAAGAAGUUCCCACCUUCAUCGCGCACCCUGUUCCCCCACCAUGUAAUCCCGCGGGCACCUCACAACCGUUGCCAACGCCAUCGAUCUCGGCCUCAACUCAGACACAGCCCGAGGCAAUAAUCCAAGAAAGCGGGGAGAGCUCAAGAGCUGCUGCGCCUAGGUAGUCUUUCCACAAUGUUGUUUCUAAUAGGUUUCAGCAUCUGAGGAUGUUUUCGCUGUCUUUAGCCACUACUUUUGUAUAUUAUUUGGGUGGGAAUGUAAAGCUUGGUGGACAUGAAAGUAUUGGUUCUCAAGAAAAAGCCAGAACUUGUCUAAUUUUGUUACGCGUGUGUACUUUGAGGUGUCAUUUUAGAUGCAAUGACAGAUGCGGGUUCUUGGUUCCUCGUAUGUUUCUUCUUAUUCCCGA